AACAAAACAAAUUGAUUAAUUGAACAGUGAAAACAAAAGAAAUGGAUCGAGGAAGGAGCAAUGACGGAACGUGGUGGUCAACGCUCGCACGCGCGCAUAGAGACACAGGGCUGAAGCUGUACUGGUUGCAGCUUUCAGUUUGAGCAGUCAGUGAACUUGCUGCAAGUGAGAGGUAGAAACAAGGAAAGACAGCGACACCUACAACAUACGACGCAACCCACUCUAUUUCCAUCCAAACAAACAUUUUUGUUGCUCAAAUUCAUCAUCUUCCUCGAUCAAUCGAUGCUGAUAUCUCUGACAGCACCACCAUCUUCACACUCUCUCUUACUCGGUGGCUCAGGCCCUUUCCACUGCCUUAGAUGUCAUGUUGAACCCAUUAUCUGCUCAACAUCAUAUGGAUUCUCCAGCAGUUGGACUAAGUCAUCGGUGGAGCCUCAAAGAGUUUCUGAGUAUUCAGGCUUGAGUUUCAGGAGUGAGAAUCCUUUCUUUGGAACUACACGGUUACAUUGGUUGCCUCAGGGACAUGAUAUUUGCAUUUCACAAGUUUCAGUAGCUGCUGAUUAUUCAGAUUCAGUUCCAGACUCAUCUAGUUAUAUUACUAGUAACGGCUAUCAUCCACUAGAAGAAUUGAGGGAUCAUGGGCGAGUUCGUGAUCGAAUGCCUACAUCUGCUGAGAUAGCAAGGACUGCUGUGGAGGCUAACAACAGGGCCUUACUGCUAUUCCCGGGCAUUGUGCACUGUGAGCCACAUGAACAGAUCUCAUGGGCUGAGUUUGACUAUGUUAUUGAUGACUUUGGAGAUAUAUUUUUUGAAGUUUAUGAUGGUCAGAACAUCUUGCAAGAUCAUGGAGCAAGUAAUCCAGUGACUGCUUUGAUUGGGAUGGAUAUCUCCCACUAUCAGAUCAGGAAGAUGGAUCUUUCUGAUGACGAAAUUUUGGACAUUGAUGCUGGAUAUGAUGUUUUUUUGGCUGAUGAUGCUUUUGAAGUCGAGGAUAUUAGCAAUGCAGACAUUUGGGGUGAAUGGGGAUUGCCAGAAAAUUCCAAUUGGACUCAUCCAGUUUACUUUGCCAAGUGCUUGACAAAGGCUAUUGAUGUGGAACAUGCUAAAUUGAUGGAUUAUCCAUCAAAUGGAGUUGUUCUUUGGGGGUUCCUCAAGCCUACAUUUAUAGAUGAAGAAUUUUAUCUCCGACGGCUCUUCCAUGAUGAAGACAAUGAUGGCUACAGUUCAGACUGUGAAGAUGGAGAUGUCGCGAGCGUUAGUUCAAGCCAUGAUGGAAGCUGUGGUAGGUCAACCAUUUAUAGAUUGGAAAUCACAAAAAUAGAGCUAUUCUCCGUCUACGGCGUUCAGUCAGUGGUUAGUGUGCAGGAUUUCCAAUACGCUGAACCUGAUGUGCUUGUACAUUCAAUCCCAUCUAUUCUAGAGCGCUUUGGUGAAUCAAGAACAAGGUGCAAUAUUGCUCUUAAAGCUCUUUGCAAAAAAAAAGGACUCCAUGUUGAGGGGGCAAAUUUAAUUGGAGUGGACAGCCUUGGAAUGGACGUUAGAGUUUGUUCAGGAACAGAAGUCCGAACUCAUCGUUUUUCCUUCAAAGUCAGGGCAACAUCGGAGUGUGCUGCAGACAAGCAGAUCCAGCAACUGCUGUUCCCAAGGUCACGGAGAAAAAAGUUAAGGACUCUUGAUAGACCUACAGACUUUGACUAAUUUUGAUACACUCAGUUUUAGUCUUGAUGUCGGAAAUAAUUUCAGGGUGAAAACUUAGGUUUAUGGCACAUCCUACGUGCUUUCCUUUGUUGACAGUCUCACUUCAACCUUAUUUCACCUUUCUACAUGGUAUAUUAUAUCUAUAUCUGCACUAA